AGGACGCCUGUGCUGCUGGCGCGGGAGGGGCGGCGAGAUGAGCAGGGUGCGGGCGGACGAGGAGGAGUACUGGCACAGCUCCAAGUUCCGGGCCUUCACCUUCGACGACGAGGAUGACGAGCUCUCGCAGCUAAAGGAAUCCAAACGGGCAGUGAACAGCCUUCGGGAUAUUGUCGAUGAUGAUGAUGAUGACCUCGAGAGGGUCAGCUGGAGUGGAGAACCUGUGGGAAGUAUCUCCUGGUCAAUCAAAGAGACAGCCUCUGGCAGCACCAGCUCCCUGGAUGGCCGAGACUCCAGCCUACAGAAGGGCUCUUCCUCCUAUGCUGCACUUCCCAAACAAGCUUCUUCCUACUCCCUAAGCAGCCUGUUCAAAGGACGAAACAAACUCUCAAGUUUCCAGUCCCUUUCAGAUGCCCUCACUGACACAGGAGUUAAGAACUAUGCCCCCGAGCUGCGCAGACCGAAAGCUGAGUACAAGGAUUACAGCAGUGACUGGAGCCCAAAAGAUACGGUCAGGCGAAUGCAGAGGGGCAAGGUCUGCUCUCUAGAGAGAUUUCGGUCCCUGCAGGACAAGCUGGUGCUCUUGGAUGAAGCUGUGGCAGGGCAUGAUGGGAAUGUCAUUACAGCUGUCCUGAUAUUCCUGAAACGGACACUAAGGAGAGAGAUCUUGUUUCGGGAGCUGGAGGUGCGGCAGGUGGCCUUGUGCCAUCUGAUCCAUUUCCUCAGAGAGACGGGUGAGCAGAAAUUCCUUCUGGAUCUGCUCAGGUUUUUAGACAGGACUGAGGAAGUUGCUCUGUCUCAAUACCGGGAGCAUUUGAACAUCCAGGACGUAGAAAAAAGGAGGGAAUUUCUCAAAGGUUGCAUUGGGCUGCCAUUUUCAGCUGAGGAUACCUCCCACAUCCAAGACCAUUAUACCUUGUUGGAGCGACAGAUCAUCAUUGAGGCUAAUGACCGACACUUGGAGAUGGCUGGGCAGUCAGAGCUAUUUCGGAAAUAUCCUCGCAAGGCUUCAAUUCUCAACAUGCCACUAGUGACCACCCUCUUCUACUCCUGCUUCUACCACUACACUGAGGCUGAGGGUAUGUUCAGCAGCCCCACCAACCUGAAGAAAACAUUUAAGAUUCCUGAUAAGCAGUAUGUGCUGACUGCCCUGGCUGCCCGUGCCAAGCUGCGGGCCUGGGGUGAUGUGGAUGCCCUCCUCACCACCAAGAACUGGCUGGGUUACACCAAGAAGAAGGCACCUAUUGGCUUCCACCGGGUGGUAGAGAUCUUGCAGAGGAACAAUGCUCCUGUGCAGGUGCUGCAGGAAUAUGUGCGCCUGGUGGAAGAUGUGGAGACCCGGCUGAACCUCGCUACCAAAUACAAGUGCCAUGAUGUUGUUAUAGAGACCUACCGGGAUCUAAAGGAUCGUGUCCAGCUGACAGCAUAUAAAAGCAAGGUGGAGCGGGGCUCUGCAGAAGAAGAGAAGAUACAGAACAUUCUCAGCAACAUGCAAAUCCGGUGGAAGAACUGAGCACCUGUGAAACAGCCUGUUUGGCCAUUGCCUUGUCACUGAAAGAGGGAACUGCAAAACCCAGUCCAGUGCCAGCAGAGCAGCUGUGUUUCUACUCAUUGCAUGAUCAGCGUUCGUCAGUGACAGUGGGUGCCCGUGGCUGUGGGACCGUGGUGUUCAGGCUGGUUGAACACAGCUACUAAAAUGUAGCUGGCGAAACCAUGGUACAGAUCCAUCAGGGUUGAUUCUUUUUGGAAUCUGAUUGUCUUUGUGGCUGUAAGCCAGACAUCGCCUGUGUAUAUGGAGGGAAGUUGCUGGGCACAGCAAGAUAAAUGUUUGCUCUGGAUGGUGCCUGGGCUUAUUCUUGCAAGAGGAAUGUGUCAGUCACAGUCGUGAGUCUCUCCACCAGAGAGUGCUGACCAGUCCCUGUAACAGUCAAGCUGGCUUGGCAUCACUAAUUAUGGCUGUGGCUGGAGUAAAACCUACCUGGGCCAUGUUCUCCCUGUGUGAAAGUGUUGGGGGAAAGGACCAGUUGCACUUUUAUUUUAGUUCUGGCUCACCCAAGGAAAAGAGAUGUGUGAACUCCUGCAGAGAACCAGGGCAGCAACCUCUGCCUUCUGCUAGAACUCUGCAGCAAUUGGAAGAUCCCUUGGGUUGCAUGGAGAGCAAGCAGGGG